AUGGACAAUAUCAUCAGCCUGGAGAUUCCAGAUGAGCCUUCACUUUGUUUCAGUUCCGUUAAUACGUCAUGCGUGAAGAUCGAUUAUCGACUGGAAGUCCGGAUUUUGCUCUACAUCCUCUUUAGCACUUCUUCUCUAAUCACUGUGAUCGGAAACCUGCUUGUGAUUAUAACCGUUAUACAUUUCAGACAAUUGCAAACAUCAACUAAUUACUUGGUUCUCUCUCUGGCUGUUGCUGAUCUGCUUGUAGGAGGAAUUGUGAUGCCUCCUAGCAUGAUACGCUCUGUGGAAACCUGCUGGUAUUUAGGAAGCACCUUCUGUAAAAUUCACAGCAGUUUGGAUGUCACUGUGUGCACUGCGUCCAUUUUUAACCUGUGUAUUAUUUCUUUAGAUCGUUAUUACGCCGUAUGUCAUCCGCUUCUGUAUCACAGUAAAAUGACCCCUACUGUUAUUAGAUUCAUGAUCGUCGUGUGUUGGAGCAUUUCUGCAGCCACUGGGUUUGGUUUGAUAUUUCUGGAACUCAAUAUUCUUGGAAAUGAAGAUUUUUAUUACAAUAACUUUGUGUGUGAAGGCACCUGCAUUGUAUUUCUAACACAAGUAGGAACAAUGGCAUUUUCUAUGCUUUGUUUUUACAUCCCUGCGGUGGUCCUGAUUUGCGUGUACGUGAAAAUCCUUCACACGGCACAAAGACAAGCUCGUGCAAUUCAAUCCACAAACGCACAGAUGAAGAAAGCCGAGGAAAAAAACAGGAUGAGUAAAUCGGAGAGAAAGGCUACGAAAACUUUAGCCAUAAUUAUGGGAGUUUUUUUGACCUCCUGGGUGCCAUUUUUUAUCUGCAACUGCAUAGAUCCAUUUACUGGAUAUUCAGUUCCUCCGUUUAUCUGGGUGGCGUAUGCCAAUUCAACAUGUAAUCCGAUAGUCUAUGCUUUUUUCUACAGCUGGUUCAGACACGCUUUUAGAGUCAUUUUGUCGGGUGAAAUAUUUCUGCCUGAUUCUUCACACAUCAAAUUGUUUUGA